AGAGGUUUCCGGCUCCGGGAGAGGAACUGGGGGGAAGAAAGAAGGGGAGAGGGGGAGAGUGCGGCGGGAUCUCCCCCUCUCUUCAGCUGAGGCGGCUACGCGGAGGCCAUGGAGUUCCCUGGAGGAAAUGAGAAUUACCUGGCUAUCACCGGGACGGCCCACCCCUUCUUGUCAGGGGCUGAGACCUUCCACACGCCAAGCCUCGGGGACGAAGAGUUUGAGAUCCCACCCAUCGCGCUGGACGCCGACCCCUCCCUGGCCGUUUCUGACGUGGUUGGCCACUUUGAGGACCUGGGUGACCCCGUGACUGCCCCAGAUGCCACUUUCUCGGCCCAGUAUGGGGUGCAGGCGCUUGACAUCCCCGUGGGCAUCAGCCACGGCCUCAUGGAGCAAGGGGGCGGGCUGCUGAGCAGCGGGCUGGCCAUGGACUUGGAUCACCCCAUGGGGACUCAAUAUAGUGCCAACCCGCCCGUCACCAUCGACGUGCCCAUGACGGACAUCAGCUCUGGCCUCAUGGGGCAUGGGCAGCUGACCACCAUCGACCAGUCAGAGCUCAGCUCCCAGCUGGGCCUGAGCCUGGGGGGUGGGGCCAUCCUGCCCCCCGCUGCCCAGUCGCCUGAGGAGCGGCUCUCGCCCACCCCCUCGCCCGCCAGCUCCAUGCACGAAGAGGAGACGGAAGAGAUCAGGCGGCAAGUUUCCGUGGCCAAGCCGGCCGUGACGCCUUCCGUGGUGGCCCCCGCGCCGGUGGCUCCGCCCGCCGUGGUGCUGGACGCGGUGAAGAAGCCGAAGCCGGCCAAGAAGCAGAAGAAGAAGAAAGACCCCAACGAGCCCCAGAAGCCCGUCUCGGCCUACGCCCUGUUCUUCCGCGACACCCAGGCGGCCAUCAAGGGGCAGAACCCCAAAGCCACCUUCGGCGAGGUCUCCAAGAUUGUCGCCUCCAUGUGGGACAGCUUGGGGGAGGAGCAGAAGCAAGUUUACAAGCGGAAAACGGAGGCAGCAAAGAAGGAAUAUUUGAAAGCCCUGGCGGCCUACCGGGACAACCAGGAGUGCCAGGCGAUCAUCGAAACCGUGGAACUGGACCCCAUCUCCUCGCCCUCCGAGCAGCCGGCCCCCGCGGCGGAGUCUGCCUCUCCGCCGGCGCCGGCGUUGCCCGCCCCGCCGGCUCUCGAGAGCCCCCCGCCUCCUCCUCCGCCGGCCAUCGUCUCCACCCAGCCCACCGUCGUGGUGACCUCGGGCACGGGCCCCCAGUCGGCGGGCCAGACCAGCAUCACCAAGAUCAUCAUCCCCAAGCAGAUGCUGCCCUCCUCGCUGGCUGUCACGUCGCAAGGGGGCGUGGUGACGGUCAUCCCCGCCACCAUGGUGACCUCGCGGGGGAUCCAGCUGGGGCAGCUGCAGGCCGGGACGGGGACCACCCAGAUCGUGACCCGCUCCGUCUUGGCGGCGGCGGCAGCAGCGGCCACCUCCAUGCACCUGCCCCGGCUCCAGCCCCCACCUCUCCAGCAGAUGCCUCAGCAGCCCCCGGCCCAGCCGGUCACCAUCCUGCAGCAGCCCCCUCCCCUCCAGGCCAUGCAGCAGCACCCCCUGCAGCAAAAGGUGCGCCUCAACCUCCAGCAGCCCCCGCCCCCGCUGCAGAUCAAGAUCCUGCCCCCGCCCGCCCUGCAGAUCCAGCCCAUCGCCCUGCGGACGGAAGAAGGCAGCCCCGAGCGGCCCGGCGCCGACCUCCACCCUUCCCCAGAGCCGGUUGACGUGGUGCCAGAGGUGGAGUCUCCGACGCCGAUGCACGUGGAGCUCGUGUCCGAAUCGCCGGUGGCCAUGUCCCCUCGGCCUCGCUGCAUCCGCGUGGGCUGCGACAACGCCCCUGUGGCCAACAGCGACUGGGACAACGAAUACUGCAGCAAUGAGUGUGUGGUUAAACAUUGCAGGGAUGUGUUUCUAGCUUGGCUGGCCUCCCGCAAUUCCAAUAACAAUGUCGUCUUUGUGAAAUAACCCUCAGCCUUUUGGUGGGUUGGGAGGAGAAGAAAACGACAGUUUCGUGUUCCCACGCACACCUUUUCCAAGGACGACCAAAAAAGAAGAAGAAAAAGAAUCGCCAUGCAACUGUGGGGGGGGUUCGGGGACAUGCAGCAGAAUUGUUCACCAUCCACGGAGCGUCAACAAGAGAAGACCACGUCUCUUCUGGGUGGGAGGGAACCGUUUGGGAACUGCAGACUUAUUCCCCCCCCCUCCUCUCAUUUUUUUUUCUAUACACUGUCCCUUGAUAUGUUUCUCGUGAUGGAGGCGAUUAAAGCUGGACGAGGGAUAUGGGCGACGUCCUGCCAUGUA